AUGGAUGAUUCACCAAAUUCAAUGGCUUCCACUCUUCAGCAAAAGCUUCAGUUCAUCCUCCAUAAUCGCCAUGAAUGGUGGGCUUAUUCAAUCUUUUGGUUAGCUUCUAAGGAUCAUCUCACUCAAAAUUUGGUUUUUAAUUGGAGAGAUGGCCAUUUUCGUGGCACUAGGGACUUUGUUGCUCGUCCUAGCAAGCCACUUAGUGGCAAUGCUCAACUCAUUAGUUUCGGGUUCGAUGAAGCUGCGGUGGAUCGACGAGAACGUUCCGAUUUCGUCGACUUGGAAUGGUACUACACGGUAUCUGUGACACGAUUGUUUAAUAUGACGGAUAAUGUGGUCGGUCGAGUGUUCGACUCGGGUACAUACGUUUGGUUAACGGCGGACGAUGGGCUAGAUUUGUAUGAAUGCGAACGAGUUAAGGAAGCACGUAUGAGAGGGAUUCAAACGUUGGUUUUUGUUUCAAUUUCUGGUGGGGUUCUUGAAUUGGGUUCUUCUGAGUUGAUUAAACAAGAUUGGAGUCUUGCCCAGUUUGCAAAAUCGGUUUUUGGAUGUGGGUUUGCAAAUUUUGCACCAUUUCAAGAAAAAAAUCAGGAGGAGGGUGGUGGUGGAGGGUUGAUUGAAGCACACGCGCCGCCGUGCUCCGCCGUGGCGAAGGGAGAGAUGGGUAGCAGUGGUGGUGGUGGUGGUGGUGGAGGAGGAGGAGGAGGGUCGUCGUCGGAUUCUCUCUCUGAUAACUCCGAUGGGAAUUUCAUAUCAAACAUUGACAAUAAGAGAGGGAGGAGACCGUCAAAGAGUAAAACAGAGUCCACGCCGCCGGUGAACCAUGUGGAGGCUGAGCGGCAGCGGCGGCAGAAGCUGAACAACCGUUUCUACGCGCUCCGAUCAGUGGUUCCAAACGUAUCAAAAAUGGACAAAGCUUCGUUAUUGGCGGAUGCUGUGAUAUACAUCAACGAGCUCAAGUCCAAGAUUCAAUCAUUGGAGGCCAAGCUAGGCGGCUGCGGCGGCGGCGGUAACGGCGGAAGCAGCGGCGGUGGCGGCGCGUUGGAGAAGAACUGUGUGAUGAACAGCAAGAACAAUGUAGAAGUGAAGAUUAUUGGAUCAGAAGCAAUGGUGAGAGUUCAAUGCAGAGAUGAAAAUCAUCCAUCGGCGAGGCUUUUGAAUGUUCUAAGAGAUUUGGGUCUUCAAAUUCAUCAUGCAAGUUUGUCAAGUGUAAAUGAUUUGAUGCUGCAAGAUGUUGUUGUUAGAGUCCCUCAUGGUGUUGUUUUGGGAGAAAAGGCGUUAAGAAUCGCUAUACUUCAACGACUUCAGUGUUGAUUUGAUCGUUUCGUUCGUGUUUAUCGUUGUAAGUUGGUGUAUGCAUGUUUUACGUUAGUAUUGUUUGAACGAUCGAGUUGAGAUUCCACUGAAAACCCUGAUAGGUAUUAGAAGUUGAUCGUUACAGAUCGGUACGUGCAUGUUGUAAUUCUUGUGUCGGGGAAUAAUAGAGUACUACAUGUCUAGAAAGU